CAAUGGGAGCGCAGCUCUCUCUGGCUCCGCCAAUGGGAGCCAAGCCCCGCCUGUUGCCGGGCGGGCGCGGGGCAGAGCGGCGGCGGCGCGCGGGCGGGCGGGGCCGCCAUUUGAAUCCCCUCACGAAGGGCAGCGCGGGAGCGGCUCCGCUCUUUGUCCCGCCCGGCCCGGCCCGGCCCCUCUCCUCUCCACAGCCCCCCGGACACGCUGCCAGCCGCGCCCCGCCCGUCCAUUAGCACAACAAAAACGGCUCGGAACGCCCGCGCCAGCUGCCGCUGGGGGCUUCAAAGAGGUGAAAUAAUUAACCAAAAAAAAAAGAGAAAGGCACAAAACACCCGGCUGUGCGAGCGAGGGGUGUCGAGAGAAGGGAUUCAGCGAACAAAGAGUAAUAUCCAGCUCCCCCAGCGAUCCCCGAUGUCAAAUGGAGGGUCUGAGGUUUGGUGAGCCCGUUCCCCGCUCCUGCAUUUAGUUAAACUAUUUAAUGUUUAAAUUUAAAGUAUAGAAAACGACGUAGAGGGAUGUUUCAGGUCAAAAUACAGUGAAAAGCUUCCCCAGGUUUAAAGCAGCGCUAUGGGUAUGCAGAGCCCUGGCUGCAGUUUGUGUUCAUAUUCACAUUCUCUUAUUUUGCCUCAAAGGUUCAUUUCAAAGAAACAACACGCAAGAUUUGGCCUUUACCGUGUGUUGGAUGAAUGAAAAUUAGGUAUACAUAAGAAAUUUGCACAUGUGAGAGUGUUCUCUGCCCACUACUGAGAGGCCAGUCUAGCACUUUACACCACAUUAAAGGCCAAAAAAAGGAAGUUUCAAACAAAAUGGAAAAGAACGAGCUCAGUUCCAGCCCCACCAAGUCAGGGCAGUGCUUAAAAACAACACAUGAACAUUCAGAGUUUGGUUUUUGUUUUAUUAAAGACCUUGGAUUGAGUUACCCUGCAUUUUUAGUGACAGAAGGGAAAAAUUACAGAUUCCUGCUUUAUCCCUGAAACAAAACUGUUUUCUUACUGACCUGGUGUUACAGGGCUGUGACCCAACCCAGGACAAGGCAGAGUCUAAAAUAAAGUCUGUGUGCAUCGUGAAGUUAUUAAAAAAGCCAACAUGUAUUUAAUACACAAGAUGUGUUGACAUACCCGAGCCCAGACCUUUGUUCCUUUUCUUUAUUGUAUGUUUGCACAAAGCAAGCUGAAAUUAAUGUUUUCCUCCCUUUGCUGUGGAUUUCUUGGCACAGUGUUACAGCUGAGGACCUUACAGCAGCUUUUUUUUUGUCUUUAGAUGGAAGACAAUAUCUGCUGUAAGCCUUGAAAUUCCACUCAGUAAUAAACAACACUCCUAUAAUGCACAUCAGCAGAUUUUUGCUUUGUUUCUAUCUCUAGUGUGUUUUUUUCUGCUAAAACACAGUCUUACCCCAGUGUGUGGAUGUUUUCAAGCCAGGACAUGUCAGUGGGAUUAAGAAACAGCAUUUUGCAGGCUGCAAAUGUUCUGUUCUCUCCUCUGGGGAGCACAACAGCAUGUACUUUUCAAUUCAGAUCAAGGAUGUCACAAGGUCUGGCUGUUUGUCCUCACUGUCUUUGAGAUAGUUAAAGAAACAUCUUGUCUUUCAGGGCUGAUUUUGGGGUCAGGCUGGCACAUUUAGCCUAGGGGAGCAGGAAAUGUCAGUGAUAAGCCGCUCCUGUAUUUGUACAGCAACUGUUCCACUGAAACAAACUGAGUCAUUUGGAGGCCCAGCAGGAACACGAGGGUAUUUUUUAAACCAAAGGGGCAAAUACCCCCAAACACCACAAAGUCCAGCUUGCAAAGUUCUGUGUUUCACUCUUCAGCUGUUGGAGCCCUGGGCUGGUUUCCUCUCUUGCAGUGGGAGGAAAGGAGAUUUUCCCAGGGCUGGGGUAACCACAGCACUGACAGAAACACUCAACAGCACAGACUGAAUCCCAGUGUUCUGUCUCAAUUCUUUAUCAUCACCACCCGAGAUUUCUUCAACAGGAGCUACUUCACUCCUUCAGAUCAUGUUUUUUAACCCCCUUUCCUUUUCAAAGGUCUCAGUUUAACAUUUGUGACUCCGAAGCCUGUGACACUACAUCGACCUCAGUUACUCAUGGGCAGGCUGGGAUAUUUUAGCUGCCUCCAGGAUCAUGCUGUGCCCACCCUUCAUGUCCUGCAGCCCUCCAGGUGCUACAGACCCAGUUCCAGAGGCAGACCCCGAGCAGUGCUGGAACAGCACAGUGCUUCCACAGCCACCCUGCUGUGCCACGUGGUGACACACACUCGGUGACCUCAGCUCCACAACCUCCAUUGUGCAAGUGUCUGCUCUGUCUGGAUUAUUCCACUUCCUCCAGGCACUCCAAAGAUGACUGCAAUAAAUCCCUCAUGUUCCCAGGGAGCUGUGUUACCCAAACCCUCCUCAGCUCCCCACCAUGGUGACAGCACCUCAAGGAUUUCCUCAGCCACCUUUAUUUUUUACUCCCUCUCACAGCAAACAUUAAUCCAGCCCCGGGAAGCAGCUCCAUCUGUGCUGGCACUGCCACAACCAGCAAGUCCCAGCGAAGACAAAGCCUCCAGAGCUUCAUUAGCCCCAAAUUAAGAUGCUUCCAGCUGUGGCUGAGAUGGAUCUCUCCACACAUGUGCUCUGCCUGAGUGUUUCAGUGGAGCUGCUCAGCGUGGAUGCUGCAGGAAAUCUGCAGCACGGAUGACUCAUUUGUUAAAUCAACACUGAACCAUUGCCCCAGUUUUAUUUCACAGUGACGAGUUUCCGGCAGUGGGUGACUUUCAGUAAACCCAAGAUGUUUACUUUUUGUGGCUCCAAGAGCCCCAUGACACACUUGAAACUCGUUGGAUGUUUCCACCUGAGCCAAACAUUAACCAGAUUGUUAAUCUAAGUUUCCUCAUGAGGGAAACGUGCGAGAUUGUGUUUUCUUUCAAAUCUGCAUGAAAGCACUGGGUAUACAGUAAUGUUUAGAAUAUUCUUUAUUCUGCCUGGCAGAGGACCUGUGUUCAUCAAAUAAAGCUCAGGAUAUUUACAGCAGUGAGCUGCAGGAGCUAAGCAGACAUUUGAACCUCUGCAGGGUAAAUAGAGAAGAGUCUCAAGAAGCCAAACAAUGUGGUAAAACUACACACUUUAAUUGCUUAAAUCUCCUUAUAAAUAUAUUGAUAUAAGCUUUGGACAUUAAUUAAAUUGGUGUCCAAUUUAGUUACAUCAGCUCCAGAACACAAGUUCUCUCCUCUGCAGGGCUGGAGCUGGAGAGUGUGAGCUCACAUCCACCUCUGCAUUGUGCACUGGUGUGUGUGGGUGUGCACAGCACCCAGCAAACAGCACCAGCAGCCAAACCACCCCGGACACCGACAGAUCAGUUAUCCAAACCUGAGCCUGGGGGCUUUAAAGGGCUUGUGCUGAAGCAGCUUUGUCGCAGCUGACAGCCCCACUCUGGAAAACAAACACAUCCAGGCACGACUCAGAGUCACACCCUGUUUUCUGCCUCGACAGCUCCCCGUGUGAACGCACACCGCCUCUGAGUCACAGAACACUGCAGGAACCUUCAGCCCAUUUAAAUCAAUAUGCCUGGUUCAAGCCCUAGCAGCAGGGAAAACAUUUUUACCUGACCCUCCUCCCUCCACAGGAGCAGCAGAAGUGUUCCUGCAGCAGGCCAGGGCACAGGAGAAUCCCUCAGACAUCCCUGUUUGCUAUCAGGAGCUGUGCUAGACACAGCAGGAAAUCUGGGAGGUUUUUCUGAGAAUUUUCUCUACAGUGCAGCAGAGUCACUCACCGUGGCUCUCUGAGUCACACCUUAUCAAGUUGAACAGUGUCCCCACCCUCUGCCCCAUCUUCACCACCCAGUUUUCAAAUUCAGCCCCAGCAAACACAACAGGCAGAGGAAGAGAAUGAAAUCCCUGUUCUCCCACAGAGCACAGACACCCUUCCUCAGGGGCUGCUGUCUGUCUGAGUGUCCCAUCACAAGCUCUGUGUGCCAGCACGGCCCCAGGGCUCUUCACUCUGCUCUGGUGACAGAACCACCACUGCCUGCACUGCAUUUUUUCCACCCUUGGUAUGGGGCUGUUCCCAAAGCAGGGUUAUUCCAGGCUGGAUUAACUGCAGUUGAUGCCAGGGGGAAAAGUCCAAUCUGACCAAAAAGCCUUUACAUUACAGGAAUCAGCUCUACUGGUUUUCCUUUAGUCUGGCAGAAUUUUUGCUACAAAUCAGAGUCAAAUUGAAAGCUUCUAACCAUGCUGCAAUAAUAAGAUUUCUUUCCUAUAACAGAUUCCUGUGACACAACAGUUCCCUCUGCAGACAGAGGAAAUUUGGGUCCAUAUUUCACAGAAUGCUGCUGGAUGUGAAGCUAUGUCAGAGCAGGGAAUAAUUUGGGGCUGGGUGCUGCUGCUGGAACUCAGGCCCAGUAUAAAGAAUCUUUCUGUUUCUUACCUGCUCUUUACAGUCUCGUACCUGUUCUUGCAGAUUUCUCAAUUCCUGGGAACAGGAAUGGAAGAAUUAUUUUUGAGACACAGCUGACAACCCCUCAUCUCCACCGCAGCCCGUGAUGUUUCCAGAAAGGGGGUCCCAGACCCACCCAGCCCCGAAAGGCUCGGGCAGGUCCCUGCAGAGCCAGGGAACCCCCUUUUCCCAGCCGGGGCCCAGGAGGAAGCGCUGAUUCCCCGUUCUGCCUCUUUCUCAAGCUUUCCCCGGCCGCUGUCCGGCUCUCCCUGGAGAGGGCAGCCGAGCACUGCUGAGCCCCGGCGGCAGCUGCGGAACCCCUGAGCCACAAACGGCGCCAAAGGGGCCGGAGGCAAAGCAGGGUUAGGAGAGAACGGGGUGGGACCGCUCGCGAUUCCACCGAAUGAGGGAACUGAGAUCCCAGCAGGAGGGAAAGUUGAAUUCCCAGCUGGACAAUCGAGAUGCUGGCUCCCCAGUACAGCCUGUGCAGUCUAUAUCCACCCACAAUGUGGCCAGUUCCUUUGGGAUUUGGGGCUGACACGGUGAUAUCGUCCCUGUCACCAGCAGCUGUCCCUGGUUUCCAGCGGCACCAGCACAGCCCAGCCCCGGACAUCCUGGAGGAAGGAUGGAUGAGAGCAGGGAGAAAAUCACCUCAUUCCUCUGGCAUGAGCUGAUUCUGUGUACAGAGAAAUUCAGGGACACAAGUGAGGUCUGUGCUGCAGAUUUCUGAGCUUGCCCUUAGACCUGCACACAACCAGCCCAGGGGAAUAAACCAGAAUGGUUCAACGAACCCAGAUGAAACCAGAAGUGCCGUGAGAGGAGAGGGAAGCAGGCGCUGUCCACAGCUGCAGCGAGUGCCCUGAGAACCGGAGGGAUGGGAAGCCCCAGAGCAUCCGUGGGGAGCUUUGGUGAGGAGUAAAUCCUUCAGAGUGCACUUUGUGUUCCCAGAUGAGCUGCACUGAGUCCCUGGCAGGGCAAUCCUCCCAUCCUUCUCCAUCCAAGCCAUCUCCCAGGGCAGCUGCAGUGGGACAGGCUGUUCUGCAGGGCCUGUCUGCCCAGGGCAGUGUCCCCAUCAGCAAUUCCUUCCAGUGCUGCUGGCCCUGAGCAGUGAAUCCUGGAGGAGUGAGCAUCUGAAGAAGUGCAGAAGGAAGCAGAAGGUUCUCUGUGAGCCCCCAGCUCCGGGUGACCACCAUGGAUACUUGCAAGGUACCUGCAAACACCUCCAAGUGCAGUGGGAACACCAUGGAGUGCUUCAUGGUGCUCAGCACACGGACACAGAAGAUUAGCAUUGGCAUCCUGUGUGGCCUCUUCGGGACAAUGUGUGUUUUUGAGAACUCCUUGGUGCUUUACCUGAUUUUCUCUUCCCCUGGGAUCAGGAAAAAGCCUUCCUACCUCUUCAUUGGCAGUCUGGCCCUGGCUGACAUCCUGGCCAGCAUCAUCUUUGUCUGCAGCUUUGUGAACUUCCACGUGUUCAACGAGGCUGGUUUCUCCAAGGAGGUGUUCCUGCUGCAGCUGGGAGGGGUGAACACAUCCUUCUCUGCCUCCCUGAGCAGCCUGCUGCUCACAGCCCUGGACCGCUACAUCUCCAUCAGCCGGCCCUCGGAAUACAAGCUGCUGAUGACCAGGAAAAGAGCCUGGACAGCCCUGGCUGUGCUCUGGGUGACCUGUGCCACCAUUGCUUGCCUGCCCCUGCUGGGCUGGAAUUGCUGUGUGCUGGAUUCUGUCUGCUCCGAGCUGUUCCCCUUUGUGGAUGACAAUUACCAGUCAGGCUGGGUGUGUUUCAUCAUGGUGCUGCUGGGCUGCAUCAUCUACGCCUACGCCCACGUGCUCUGGAGGGCUCGCCAGCACGUGGCCUACAUGGAGAAACACCAGGCACAGGUAGGCAAGCAAAACACCAGGAUGAGGAUGGAUGUGAUGCUGGCCAAGACCCUGGUGAUGGUGCUGGCUGUGCUCAUGCUCUGCUGGUCCCCCGUGCUCGUGCUCAUGAUCUACAGCAUCUUCGCCAGGCUGAGCGACCACCUGCGCAAGGUGUUCGCCUUCUGCAGCACCCUCUGCCUGCUCAACUCCAUGGUCAACCCCAUCAUUUACGCCCUGAGGAGCAAGGAGCUGUUCUCCUCCUUGAGGAGGAUGUUCUCCCACUUCAGAAGGCAGCUGAAGGUCACUGAGGAGAGCCCAGAGGCCGAGAGCACCCACAAGUCCUCUGUGAUUGAGACCGUCUGCGAGGACACACACACAGUGUAGGGAGGCACCUGGGGGAAUCCACACCCUCAGGCUGGAAGGAACAGUCUGGAUCACUUUUCUCUUCUGAUGGGAGUUGAGGGAUCAGCUACAGCUCCUGCUGAUGCCACCCUUCAAUGCUGGGACAUAAAGUGCACAGACUUUGCUCCCAGCACAGGUUGGGAUUGUUGGGGUGUCCUGUGCAGUGCCAGGAGUUGGACUGGAUGAUCCUUGGGGUGUCCCUUCCAGCUCAGGAUAUUGCAUGAUUCUGUGAUAAUCUCCCACCAAGGGAGGUUCAGGUUGGACAUCAGCAGGAAUUUCUUUGUGGAACAAGUGGUCAGGCUUUGGAAGGGGCUGCUCAGGGAGGUUUGGAGUCCCCAUGCCUGCCAGUGUCACCUGGAUGUGGCAUUCAGUGCUCUGGGCUGGUGACAAAGUGUGGUGUGGGCACAGUUUGGACUGUGAGGUCCAUGUUCUGGGAGGGCUUUUCCAACCUCAAUGGAACAUUCUCACUGUGGCUUGAGGACUUGGCCAGAGCUGGGCCAGACAGGAUCCUGCAGGCAGCACAUUCUUCCAGCAGGUUUCAGGAGAACUGACCUAACCACACAGGUGUUUGCUGGAUAUUAUGUGAUUAAACAUAUAAGCCAUU